UCAUCGUCUCUGCCUGCAUAAUCUCUUGUUCUUUCUUUGUUGACCCCUUCCUCUUCUUUUUCUUUUUCUCCCAGGCUUUUAGUUGUUUUCAACAGAUGUUCUCUGCGCCACGUGGGAGGGCAUUCCUCUUCUUUGACUUGAAGCAAAGAAGAAUAAAGCCAGUGUGUCCUGCUUUCCCUGUGGAGAAGGUGUCGAGUUAAAGACCAGAGUGCUUUUGCAGAUUGAGCCAUGCAGUGGGGAGGACAUGGACCCACAGUCCUGUGUGGAACACUCCAUCCUGGCCAUUUUUGAGGACUCCCCUGUAUCAUCAGAGGACACAAGGCAAGCGGAGGAAGAGAACGAGACCUUGCUGUCUGCAUUAAGUCAAAUGUUGGACUGUGUGGAGGAUGACGUCAGCAGCACUCUUUCUCCCUUCGACACCCUGCCAGAUACCAAACUUCUCACCUAUCAGCAAUGUGGGAACAGGACAACGGAUGAAGCACCCUUGGCUGACAAACUCAUACCAAAAGCCGAAUCCCCAAGUUUGAUCUGGAUAAAGAAGGGUGAUGCAGGCAAAGAAGAAAAGAGCAAAGUCACCAGACUGCAGCCAGUGUCUCGACAACAAAGUCAGACAUUGUCUCGAGCCCAAAAUAAGAAAGGAGAAAAUGAAGUGGAGGUCUUCACUUCUUCCUCCCUGGUCAACUUGGUGAAACUCAUGCACCCCUACUGCCUUAAAGUGCACGUUGAGGAGGAGGUGGGCAACGACCGACAUAGCGCAGCUGAACUAUCACUUUCGUCGUGGGACAAACUGGAGAGGAAACACGAGAUAUUCUCCCAGGAAGAAGUGUGGAAGUAUGAGAAGCCCACUGGAGACAGCGAUGAAGAGAUAAAUGUUGUAUCUGAUGAUGAGACACCCCUGAAAGGGCCAAAGGAGGAUGUAAAAAAAGACAGCGACACCCUGCGAAAAAGCGCACUGCUGAACGGCAACUCAUCUAGAGUUUUGUUCCCCAGGGCAAAGAAAAGAGUGAGCUUUGGUCCUGUUCAUGUGGCGUCAUUUGAGCAGUCAGUGGAAUCUGCAUUCAACAAGAUAAAUCUCCCCAGUGUAGCCAGUGCAGAUACACUAAACCAUACUGAAGCACUCAAAAGUUCAGCUGAUGCAGAACCCACAGCACCGUCUUCAGAAGUCGGUCACAAGGCUGAGGAACCACUGCUAAAAAGUCAAGUGAAAGCCAAAUCGCUAAGCCUCCAUGAGUACAGGCAGUUGAGGCAAAAAAGGCAGCCUCUUGCGGAGAAGCAGGGGAACUACACCACCAAGUGGCCCUCUCUUCCCGAGCUCCCCAAAGAACUGACCCCAAUUCUCUGUUCACAUGGACAGAGACAGAACCUCUGUGGGCCAAACUGGUCCAGACUCAGCACUUCUCAACCCCAAGGAGCUACACACAAGACAUCAUGUCACACACUUCACCCAGUAGAGAAGACAACACCGUUUUCUGUUCGGUGUUGUGGAUUCAAAUCUCUGCAAACUGUAUCUGAAACCUUCUCACCUCAUAGUCCGCUGCCAGACAAGCUCACUCACACUGCUGUUUAUGGACCUGGAAGCAAAAAAAGUCUACUACACAAUCGAACAGUGCUCACCACUGAUCCCCCAAACCCUGUGUUACUCCCCUUGUCUGUUACGCUGCCCCCAGCCUCAUCCAAUCCUCACUCACCAGUGUCCAAUGUCGAAUCCACAGUCCCCACAAUACCAACAUCCCCUGUUGAACCUCAGUCACGUCAGGAAGUUGUGAGCAAGUUCAGUGAGAAAACCACACCGUGCCCCAUCGUGCUUCAAGCCAGAUCCAGUUCAGAGUGCAGGAAACCACAUGACAUCGUUGUUCCAAAGAUGGGUCAGUUAACAAAUCCAGAUGCAUUUACUUGUGAACCCACGCCAUCAUACCACAGUCAGCCGGUCAAGGAGGAAUUAGCAGAGGUUCCCUGCACAUGUUCCCCCCUUGAGGUACCACUACCGUCACUGCAGCUUGCAAUUACAGAGAAAACCACUGCAGCUGUGUCAGGGAUAGAGGCCUCUGAUCUUACCAGCUUGUUGGAACAGUUUGAGGAGAAACAAGCAAAAGAGGGUGAGCCACAUCCUGAACUUGAGCACAUGGGCAACACUGGAAAUGCUGUUAAUACGGAAUGUGAACCUGUCAAACUUUCAUACACAAGAUUAACAAAAACUGCCACGACUGCGUCAGAUCCCGAAAGAAAGCUGGAAGAUGUGGUUAUCCCUGAACCCCUCGGUACUGAAAUCAUCCUCAGCACUCAGGAAACUCUCACUCGAAGAUGGAAAACCAUUCCAUCCAAGACCAUUCAGAUCAUUGAGCCUCGCCCUCUGCUAGCCAGGAGAACAAACAAUUUAGAGCUUUCUGCAUCUCCUCACACAUCUCCAUCAGUGGCUGCAGAUCAUGACUACUGCAUGCCUGUGGAUCAUUUGCAUACAAAAGCCUCGCCCACUCUUCUCAGGAAUAUCCAUAAAACCACUCGUCACGUUGAGGAGACCACCUCCUCUGUUGAAUACAAACAAGCUUCCAUCAGGAAAUUUGAUGAUGCGAUAUACCAGUCAUCUUCAUCCACAUGCACAGAUGUAUUGGAUGGAUGUGCUCCUUCAUGUACUCCACUCACACCUCCACCCAGCCCCCCAAGCAGAGGACGAGAGAAGAGAAGGUAUCGGAGAAGAUCACCUAUGUCAGACAGCUCCCGUUCUUCUUCGUCAUCCUCCAGUUCAGCAUCCUGCUCCCCAAAAAGACAAAGGUUCAAUCACAAGCGCUCAGGCAGCAGGUCAUGGUCAUCAUCCCCUUCUCGCUCCGUCUCCCGUUCCCCACCUCGGCAGCACAAGCUGUCUUCCACACGUUUAAGAUAUAGCAGGUCAAGGUCCCCAUCUUGGUCUCGGUCCCGGUCCAGGUCCCCGUCUCCCUUCUCACGGGCUUGUCGUAACCACAGGAGAGACGUUUACAGAGAGUCCCGCAAGCUGAAGAGGGAGAAGGAGGCGAGGAUUCAGAAGUUAAAAGCUAUUGAUGAGCGCCGAGUGGUAUACGUGGGCCGCAUCCGCAGAUCCAUGACACAUGAUGAACUGCGAGAGCGCUUUUCUCAGUUUGGAGAGGUGGAGUGUGUGUCGCUGCACUUUAGAGAUAAAGGUGACCAUUAUGGCUUUGUCACAUUCUACAACAUGGAGAAUGCGUUUGCAGCCAUUGAUAAUGGAGGAAAAUUAAGAAGGCCAGAUGAGCUGCCCUUCGACAUCUGCUUUGGUGGAAGAAGACAGUUUUGUAAUUCCAAUUAUGCAGAUCUAGAUGCAAGCGGGGAUGCAGAUCUGUCUCCAGCUAAGAGCAGGUUUCAGGAGCUUGACUUUGAUUCGUUACUGAAACGAGCCCAAAGAGGACGGAGGUAGCAGAGCUGAUGGGCGGAGAAGAAAAAAGAAGAGAGAACCUCAGAGCUUUUUGCUCGCACUGAUGUAGCAAACUUUUGUAUGUUUACUUUUUUCCCCCCAUGUAUCACCUCUUGUUGUACUUGUGUAUCGCAUUCAUCACAGCAUGCAUUAUUAGUGGAGCCUUCUCAAAAACAUUUGUUGCAUUCUAUAAUUGAAAAUGUCUAUGGAAUAUAAAAGCUUUUUAUUGGUUACCUCAACAUUUGGUUUAUUUUUAUGGCAAAAUGCACCCUUAGCACUGUGCAUUCUUGUGAAUAUUUUGCACUGUAUUUUAAAUUUCUGCUUUUACCAUUGGCAACCUGUUUUUUUUUUUUUUUACAAUUCCAAUUUAGAUUUUUUUCCCGGUGUACGCAUGCAGUACACUGCUGUUAGGCGGUUUACAAUGUUGUAGUACGGUGUAUUUACCUUUUUGAAGGCUGCGUGGGGCCACUUUGAUACAUUUUGUACGUCAAUGAAAGAAGGCAAAAUAGUGUAAUUAAUAAUAUACAUCAAUAAUGAAUUCAUUUUAUUUUUACGAUAUGCCCGUGGUGGAUUGAUAAUAUCGAUGGCAUUUAUACCAAAUCCGUACAGGAUUGGUAUUAGGGUGAUGACAGGAUAAUUUUUCAGUUCUCUUAAAUUUUACAUUUUAUAUUCAUAUAUUCUGAAAUUGUUCAUAAAUAAGUUUGUUGACAUUUUUUUGUUUGCAUGAAGUUUUGUCCUGUGUUUUAUUCUGAUGAGAAUCAUACUCAACAAUUUAAAAGCAAAAUGAUACAAUGAUCUUGAAAAUUUUCAAGUGAAAAGUAUCAGUAUCAGCAAUAAUACUGCCCCCAGUACUUGGUAUUGCAACGAUAACAAAAUUUACAGUAUGAACUCUACUGUGUUUCUAGUUUUACUCACUUUGAAAUAACUUUUUCCUGGUUGCACAUUGGGUAAAUACA